UCCCUGCAUUGCACAACUGAAAGCUAAACAGGAAGCAAGGGCUAAAAUAGUAAUACUGACUUUGAUAUUGGCCCUGUGAUCAGUCUAUCCACAUAAACCAGGAGAAGGAUGACGAUAUCUGUGUCAAAAAGUGAGGGAGUGACUGUUGUCACCAUGACCUCUGACCCAGGAAGCAGUUGUCCCUUGGCGUUCCAGCUGUUAGGUAACCUAUGCUGCAGCCCAGUUUGUGCUGUGUCCCAUGGACUGAGGAGGCUCCUGGCUGGUACCCUGCCAGCACUGGGGAUUAUUCAGAUCUUGGUUGGGCUAUUCAACAUCGGUCUUGGCGUAAUCCUCCUGAAUGGAAGAGACUGGUCUUUCCUGUCUUGGAAUGGUACCCCCUAUUGGCUGGGUGGACUGUUCAUUGCUGCUGGCAUCAUGAGUAUACUUGGUGAAAGGUUUCCAAGUCCUUGUCUAGUGUUCCUGACCACCUGUAUGAACCUGGCUAGCGCCUGUCUGGCAGUUACUGCCAUUGUGCUGUACUCUGUGGAUCUGGCCAAUGGGUACAACCUUUCCUGGUCCUGCAAAUCAUAUGAGCCUGAAAGCACGUCCAACAGUUACAAUCGACGUCGCUACUGGGAGACGACAAUUUCCCCUGAAGAAAGAAGCCAGAAAGAGAGCCUUAGGAAGAAAAACUUUGAAAUUUGCCACAAUGCUCGCAGCAUCCUCAUUGUAUUGCUGGGAGGAAUGGAUGUUUUGUUGAUCAUCUUUGCGGUUCUCCAGCUCUGUGUCACCAUCAGUGCCUCUGUUCUGAGUGUGAAGGCUUUGUGUAAGAAUGGAAGGCAGGGCAAGCCCAAAGCAGACCCUGAACUCUGCAAGCCUCUUCUGGAUGAGAUCACCACCAACCCUACGGUGUAGAGGAGUGACCGCCGCGGAACACCUCUCUUGGCUUGUGGACAAUUGUAACAUUUGGAUCACUUGAGCAACUAGAUUUCAACCUGAUUGCCUAUUAGAUACAGUCUUUGUAAACAUUCCUGUCAGCUGGUGUUGAGGGCCCUGUUUCACACCAGGUGGAAAAUGAGAAAUGUUUGUGGUCAGAAUGACUUGCAGCUUACCUCAUAACAGCACUUGAGAGGAGCUAUAAUGUUUUCAAAGAGUGAGAAGGUGUGGGAGUAAUGUAAUGUAAAUUGGACACACUUUGCUGAAUUCCUGCUUCUGAAUAUCCUUCACUCAUUUUCUGAAAUUAAUAAUCACUUUUACUGUGUAUGGGACACUAUGCAUGUUUACA